UCUUUGUCUAAAAAAAAAAUGCACGGUUACCCUUUCGAUUAUCCUAUUUUUUUUUUCUUGAAUAGGAGUGUAGCAAAAACUGAUUCUAAAACAUUUUUAUUGUUAUCCGAAUAAUUAUAAAUUUAUAAAUCUAUCUUCGAUUGCAAAGAUUGUUUUUUUCAGAGAGUUAAUUUUUCCGUGAGCUUUUUUCCGUGUGAGCUUUUUUAUGUUUAAAUUUCCAGUGAAUAAUUGAAAACCCGCCCUUGCGUUGCGUAACCAUGACAAUGACAUAAUUCCGUGUCCUGAAAUGUCAUCGGUGCGUUGCGGAAUUUUACCGUACUCUCGAAUCGAGUAAUUUUGAAAUUUUUACGUCGAUUUUCAAUUCAAAAAGCGGCGCUUAAAACAGCGCACCACGUGACCUAUAUUAGGGUUGUGAACCUAAGUUGGCAAGCGGCCAAACGCCACCCCCAAUCCGAUAUUCUGAUCGCCAUUCCCUUCGCUGCGCUAUUGCGGUCGACAGGCCGCCAGCCACCGCUCGAUACAAACCUUAUUUUUAUCAAAUUCAACAAUAAUCCAAUCGGCUAGUUAAAAAAAGUGAAUUUCACAACGUUGUGUUGCUCAUUUGUUUCGCUAAACGAACUCUGAAAAUGCCCACCAGAAAGGCAAAACACGCCGGCAGUUGGUAUUCAGAUUCAGAGGUGGAAUUAUCGAACCAGCUUGGCUUGUGGCUGCAAAAAGCCAAAUACGUUCACGGGCCCGCACGGGCUCUAAUUGCACCACAUGCUGGGUAUAAAUAUUGUGGAUCAUGUUCGGCGUGGGCUUACAGACAAGUAAUGCCCGAAAUGGUGAAAAAAAUAUUUAUUUUGGGGCCUUCGCACCAUUUUGGCUUAUCAGGGUGUGCCUUGACGACUGCCACUUACUACAAGACUCCUUUAUACGACUUGUUGGUAGAUUCUAAAGGUACCACACAAGUUUUUUUGAGUUUUUUUGCCAAUUUUUCAGUUUCAGUUAAUAGUGAAUUACAGAGGACAGGUCAGUUUGAAUUAUUGGAUUUGAACGUCGACGAGAAAGAACACAGCAUUGAGAUGCAAUUACCUUACGUGGCUAAAGUCAUGGAAUGCUACAAGGACCAGUUCACGAUAGUGCCAAUCCUUGUUGGGACAUUAAGUGCGGAAAAACACCUAAACUAUGGGAAAAUUUUCGUCAAUUACUUGAAAGAUCCGGAAAAUCUUUUCAUCAUAUCGUCCGAUUUUUGCCACUGGGGGUCCCAAUUUCGUUACACUUAUUAUGACCGGUCUUACAACAGUAUUUACGAAUCCAUACACAAUUUGGACCUUAUGGGAAUGAACACGAUUGAAAAUUUAAAUCCAACCGAAUUCAGUGAUUAUUUAAAACAGUACGGCAACACGAUUUGUGGGCGCCAUGUUAUCGGAAUUUUGCUUCAUAUGGUUCAGAAUUUGAUCGAGGAGACGGAUCAAAGGCCGAAAUUAAAAUUCCUGAAAUACGCGCAAUCGAAUCAAUGCGUUUCUAUGAGCGACUCGUCGGUGAGCUAUGCCGCUGCUGCUCUUACAAUAGACUAGUUUAUAUCAAAUUUUCGUGAAUAAAAAAUUGCUAACCUGUU